UAUGUAAUACAGGUCGCCACCUCUCUGCAGCCGACCAAUCUAAGGUCCCGUCUCACACACGCUAAGGGGUGUAGCGCUUACACACAGCCAGCCUGCUAGUGUAUCAUGGUAAGGGCAGGACGCGCCCAAUGGAAUACGCGCAUGUGGACGACGAGCCGGACGCGACAGGGAAGUGUUUUGCUGGUAAACGCACUACUUCCGGAACAUAGAGCAGCAGCAGUAGCGCUGGCUGUCCCGUUACACCCCGACGUAACAACAUGGUCCUGUAUCGACUGAAGCGCUACAGCUGGUUGAUGGUGUAGUUUCUGUAUUCCCCACUGUCCAAAGAGGAUAGGUGAUCCUCAUCAUGAUGCCUGGGGAGACCCACUCAAAGGCUGCUGGCAUUGCUUCAGAGGCUGCAGGAUCCUGCCUAAAUUGUACAGCUUUACAGCAGAAUCUGAAUGAAUACGUUGCAGCUUUGAUUGCACUGAAGCAAAAAAUAAUAGAAUCAGACCACCUGCUUGCAAAAUAUCAACAGAAGUGUGAUGAUCUUCAGUAUGCGGAAAGGGCAAACGAAACUUUAAGAUGUCAGCUGGAACAAAUGUUGCAGAAAAUAUCCCCCCAGGAACGCAAUGAAGAGGAACUCAAAUCUUUGAGAGCUGAACUGGAAGAGAAAACGUCUACACUCAAGAUUUAUCAACAAACACAAAUGGAGUAUACCAGAGUCAAAGAAGAAUGUCUGAAAAGUGAUGUGUUGAAGAAGAAACUGGAAACAAAGUUGAAGAAAAUGGAAGAGGCUGCUGCAAAACGUGUUAAAGAUUUGAAACAGCUGCAGUUGGAAAAGAAAGUUCUCGAGAAGGAAUUAAAGAAAAUACAGAAAAGACUUAAUGGCUUUCAAAAGGAAAAGUGUAAGAAAGCAAUGAAAAAUGCACAGACCCAAGUUGCAAAAAAAGAGUCUGCUGUGGCAUUAGAUAAACAGAAAAUAAGAUUUUUGCUGGAAGAACUCUGGGGUUGCAUAGACUCUUCCACAGAUAAAAGCAAUGCUGUUCACAUGAUAGUUGAUGAACAACUCAGCACAUUUACAGAAGUGAAAGUCAGAGACAAAAUACGUGUGAGGAAAGAGCGAAAUAUCAAACAGUUCGCUGAGUGCACUCCACCUCCUAGCCAUAACAGCCCUGAAAUAAGUCUCUCAGAGCUGGCUCCCGUACAAGCAUCUUAUGAUCCAACAAAGUGUGUGAAAUCAAAGGGGAAGCCUACUCCUGAGGCAGCUGCAGCAGUGUGCAAUGGAAACAGUGCCUUUUACAAGGAAACAACUACAGGCUUAUUUACUCCCAAGGAUCUGAGUGACAGCCACUCUGUAAAUUCUGAUCUAGAAAAUGAAAUGGAAGAAGUUCAGCAAGUAAUGAACUGGGCAACACCUCUCCCACGUCUUUUAUCUCCAUUAGAAUUGUCACCGUUGACUGCAGAGCAUAUCUUUGGAGAAUUCACGGAUACUAGUGAUGCUGAGAGCUGUGAUGGCACAACUGACAUUGGGGCAACUAGUACAAUGGACUCUGCAACCUUAGAUAACUUGUUUUGUGUUCAAGAUCAGGACAGAUCUGUUUCACAUGUACAAACAGGAUAUUUUCUUGAGAAGGCCAAUAAACAGUGCAUUGGCAUAAAUGAUGAAGGUGACAACAGUGCAGUAGCUACAGUUGACAUAACAUACCACAUCACAACGGAUUCUAAUGAUGACCCUGCCAUAGCUACAGAAUUGGCAACGAACAGGCAAGACCUAAAACCAACUGCUUUGCAGUCUGAAGUAAGUUUUGACCUUGUCACAAAGGCAGUGCCUGCACUUAAAGAGGUGAUCACUGGACACAAAGGCACAUCAAAUGAUCCUGUUAACAGAAAAGACAGUUCUGAGGUGCGUUCAUUGCUUCAGGCAAACUUUGCUAUAUCUCCAGAAUCGUUAGAUGACCUGAAUGAGUCAAAGUUAGAAAAACCUGAUCUUUCUGAAGUAUCCAGAACUGAAAUAAACAGUGUAAAUAACGUUAAACCUGGAGAUUUUGAAAACAAGUUGGAAAAUCACAAAAUGCAGUCUUCUGAAGAUUACUUCAGUUCUACAACGCAGUUGACUGUUGAUUGCAAUCCAGCAGUAAACUCAAUUAAGCCAGAUGACACAAACAACUUAAUUGUGGAUAGUAUUAACUGCCAUACUUUAGCGUCUAAUGACCAUGAAUACAUUGGAUGUUUAUCUGAUAAUGGUUCCAGAACUGGAGACCUGAUUGUUCAUAGUAGUUUGACAACAAAUGAGGACAACUUAAUUUCCAUGGAGAGCUCCAGUGUUAGUGGUCCACACCAGGAAAGCUCAUCAUGUAUAAACUCUGAGAAAUGUUCAAGAGAAAAUUCUAGUCUAUUAAAUACUGCUAAUGGUGAGCAAAAUGUUAUUGGUGACACAUGUCCAUCUCAUGUUGAGGAUAAACUUGGUGUAGACUGUAAAUUGUCAGAGUGUUCUUUUAAAAAUGUUAAUUCUGGAAAUUCUGUUGUUGGUUCAUCUAUGGACACAGAUAAAUACUUAAAGCAAUUAGGUAGCCUGCCUGUUUCGUCUUUCACAAAACACACUGAAAUAUGUAAGCAACAUGUUACCAAAACUGAAAAUACUCCCCAAAUAUCCAUUCUGAAGCCACCAGACCAAAUUCAACCAAAUGUGUGUUCAGGGCAAGAAGCACAUUUGCUUUCUAACAAUAAUUAUCAUGUGCCAGCUGUUUUAAUUUCUGAUGCACAUGACACAAAUUGUGUUGAUGUAAAGAAGUUUACAUCAACUUCAGUUAAUCAUAAUUUCGAACAUCCUCUAGGGGAACCAAAUAACUUAAAUGAAGUAAAUGUAAAUAGUGUGGAUAAACAAAAUAUUCUGUCUCCUUUGAACAACAAAGAUAGCGAUUGCUCUUCCUCUGAAGAAAUGGAAUGUAGAAGAAAGAAAGAUUUUGAUUUGGAAAACGGCUUAUCCAAAAAUGAGAAACCGUCGGCAAUCAAAUGUGACACACAAAUAUGCCUUAACCUUGAAUUACAUGAAACGGGCAAUGCAUCUAAUUCCUGUUAUGCAGACAAGCAGUAUGAAAGGACUUCACCAGAAACUUUCGAACUGUCUUAUGGGUUUUCAAGUUCCAAUAAUCUGUCGUCUACCUCCCUAGUGGAGCUGAAGGCAGCUGAAUCAGAGGUGCGUUCUGUUUCUACCGACAGUCCUGAUGUAGAUAGUGGUUGCUCUCAGAAGUUAGUGUUUUGUACUGGUAAUCCAUUACGUUCACCAGUGAACGACAAGUACAGCUCAGAUAUGCCUACAUCUAAGGCUGAAGGUAUAUGUGAUUCUUUGGCAAAUCCCAUUUGCCAUGAAAUGAGUAUAUCUGUUGUGGCCAAAAUUAAAUUACCAGUGGACAAGGACCAAGAAGAUGACAGCAUAAGUAAAGUAGAACACAACCAUGUGGAGAAUGAUGUCCUAUCACAUCUUAAUAAAAGAACAGCCAGCUCUGAAGAACCUUCAUUAGUGCAGUCAAACUUAGAUAUGUCUUCAGAAAAGCUGUGCGAUAUAAAUGACAGCAAGUUUGAAAUAAACAAUAUUUCUGAAUUCGGAAAUGUGUUGAAUGGUCAACUAGUAGCUCCACAUAAAGACUCCCUAAUUCAGUUGAAUUCUGAUAAUUUAAAUGAUAAAACUACUGUCGGAUCUUUACUUUCAACUACAAACAUUAUUCCUACGACAGAGAAACAAUCUAAAGAAAUACCUGACAUUACUUUGGAAAAAGUACAGCAUGAUCAUAUACACAGAAAAUUAACCACCGAAAACACUGAUUUGCAUGAUGCUUCAUUAGAGAGUAGUGAAGCAGAAGAUGAUUGUCUAAUGCGUAAAGUCAGUUAUUCACGGACAACCUUAAACAAUCCAGGUAAAAGUCAAUCUUGCAUAAUUAAUUACAGCGAUAGUAAGAAGUGUAAUGAUGAUGGACGCUUGAGAAUAGGUAAUACACAAAGCAAACAUGAAGUUGCUCACAUGGUCCAUAAUGAAUGCGAAGCACAAAUUCCUACAAAGAUUGUUCCUCAAAAUGAUUCUAUGAAAAUGGAAGAGGACAGCUCAGUAGUUCAACUAAAAGAGUAUCAACAGACUCUAACUCUAGAUCCAAAGAAUGAUCCACCUACCGAAGGAAAUACUAUACACUGUUACCCUGAUGAAAAUAAAAAGGAACGUGUCUCUGAGUACUUUAAGUCUGACAUUAAUGACACAGAAACAAAUAUUAGUAAUAGUAUUCAAAAGAGAAUAGUUCCUGGUAAAAAUCUCAUAUGGAAUUUUAGUAGGCCUGAUGAUUUCUUUGACCGCAGAGCAGUAUCUAUGACCAAAGGACAGAAAACAAAUUCAGAAAGGGUAUGUGCUGGCACUGAAGUUUUGCAUGGUAGAGGCAAUGUACAUACAGGGAAAACAGAAAUUCUUGAUCUAUCCAAAAAGUUCAACGAUAGUGGGUUUGAUCUUCCAACUUUUAGGAAAGAAAAUCAUCCACAUUUACUUUCUCGAAGAGGAGCCACUUUACAAAAUACGCAGGUGGGACAAACUGUUCUAGCUAAUGCUGAUACAUCCACUAAUGCAGACUUUUUACCAGAAUCUAUUACUACAGUAAGGUCAGAAAUGGGUCCACCAUUGCCACCUCUACUGGGUCCUUUAUUGGCAACUCCUCCCAGAAGUCUGCGUCCUUUGUCUCCGGUAAUGUCGUCUUCCAGUCGUUCAUCAUUACCAUCUCCUCUUGAUGACUUGAUUUCUCCUUUGCCAGGAACUCCAUUUCCACCUUUGAUGUCACCAUUAUGUGAUGGUCGCAAGCGGAAAUCACCAGUAUUUACAACGCCUUCUCCUGUUGAGAAAGCAAACCGAAGAAUUUUGUCCUCCCCUUUGCAGUUCUGUUCUGCAACGCCAAAGCAUGCCGUUCCUGUUCCUGGAAGAUUACCUCUUUCUGCUACUGGAACAUCUACACCUAAUGUUCAAGAAAAUUCUGUCAAAAUUCUAGACACAAUGUAUCCAGAACUGUCUGCACGGGCCAGGACUUUGAACAUCUUAAAGGGCAAUGUUCAGCUAAACCGGGGUUUGCCUGUAGAGUGCAAAACUGUACCUGUGAGCCAAAUAACUGGCUUUAAAGCUAUUACAUCAACUUCAACAGCAUUUAUAAAAACAGGGAGCAACUCAAAAACAAACAGCAGUAAAGAUGAAAUAAACUCUUGUGACAAUCAACAGCCAACUAGCAACUGUGCUUCAGUAAACAAGAGGGCAACCAAUUCUGUUCCAAUGCCAAAAAGCGCCAAAAGACUCCGACUAGACAGUGACUCUCCAUUUGCAGAAAGCAUCAAAGACUGUUUCACAACAACUGCAAAAAAGAACCCUGAAGCACAGAAAUUGGAUGAAUCUUGGCAAAACAUUAGUUACUGCGAGCUUCCAGAUGUUGUAAAAGACAGCAGUGUUGAUGAAGAUAUUAUAGCAAAUGCUCUUAGAAAAGUAGAGGACUUAUGUUUUGAUCUUCUGCCAGUAAUUCGCAGCCAUGUUCAUGUAGGAACCAUUCCCAAAGUUCCAGUAAUGAGAAAUGAGGAAAAGGAGGUGAUUUAUGAAUUCAGCACUUCCAAAAAAGGUAUUGCUGACCAUUUCCUACAUGAUGUUUUGAAAAAAUUGAAAACUGGAAAAAGAACAUUGGAUAGUGCUUGUCUUCAAGCUCUCUGCAGAGUUUAUGUGGGAUUGUGUCGUCAACUCGGAGACAUCGAAAGAGCGCGAAUUCUCUGUUAUAGUAUAAUUAAGGAAGAUUUCCCAGAGCCUGACAAAUUACUGCUGUUCAUAAUCAGUUCGUGGAAUGAUCUAUUUUCCCUGCAUGGAGUGAUCAGUAAGGCAAUACAGGCAGUUCUUAAAAGCCUGGCAAUGGAAGAGGUUGGACCCUGCCUUCGUGCUUAUCUUAACUGGGACAAGACACCACCAAUGGAUGUAAGUGUCAUUCUAUCCAGUGUUCUUAUGGCAAUACAGCUCUAUCCAGAUGUGAAAUUUUGUCAAAAUGAUAAGUAUGGAGAAGAUUUGUCAGACAACAUUUGGGAAUAUGUGUUUGCUGUUGAUCUCCUGUGCAACCACUGUAAAUGGACUUGGACGCACGAUAAUGUUAUAAGUAAAGAACUUUGGCCAAUUUUGGAUAAAUGGGUGAAACGUAAAAAGGGCAACCUGAAUAUUACACUUGUCCCAGAUAUAAUCGUUGCUACAGUGCUUCGUCUUGUUGGACAUUUAUGCCAGAUGGGUCUGAAAGAAGGGUUUGUUACUGCUGUUAAGAACAUUGGUUCUGUUAUCAUUGCAUUCAUCCAGCAUGCAAAUGAAGAAGGUAUGCCUUGGGGUGUCCAGUUGGCAUCUGUGUACAUGCUUCGUGACUUGGCUCCCAGUGACCCGGCUACCAUACACCAGACACUACAGACCUGGAAAGAGACCGCAAAGAACAACAUUCCCCCAGCUGUUGAAAGUUGUAUGCAAGAAGUUGCAUCAAUGUGUAUUCAAGAAAAAUGAAUCAUUUUAUUUUAUUCCUUGGGUGUAAAGUGAGCUUAAAUUCAUGAGCCCUCUGCACUGUAGGGUAGAAGUGCCUUUUUUCUUUGUUACAUUUAAUUAGUUAGCACUUUGGUAUGUAAGGAAAAGAGCCAUUUGUAUUUGUACAUUUUUGUUUUGGUAGCCGACAAAGCACAAAACUCGCAACAACAUUGUAAAUCUGUAAAUUUUAACACUGGCUGUAAAGGUUUUGUAGAGUAUAUUUAGCUGAAAAUGUCUUGUCUUAGUGAGUUAUUCAAUUUAAGAGUCUUGCAAAUUACCAUAAACAUCAUUUUUGUUUUAUGUAACCAAAUUUUAAUUUGGUUUUAACUAAUAGAUAAUGUUUUUAAGAGUCUUAUUUAGAGGUUUGUUGCUAAAUAGAACUUUGGGGUUGUUUCUAAAAAAAAAAAGCAGUAACCUAAGGACAGAUUCAAUCAGCCGCACGGAUGCAGCUCUGCCAGGAGCUAAUCACUUAUUGCCACCCAGCCAGGCAGGAAGCCCCAGAGCAUGCACUUAAUGUGGAUAAUUCCACACAGCCUCUGGAGCUGCAGGGAAAAAUCCACAUUAAGUUCACACUUUGUACUUAGCCCGGCAUCUUUGGGUUAACUUGUUUUAGCUAUGGAUAUACCAUGCAGGGAGACUGGCUAGUAGUUGAAUAGCUCCGGCCAUUAAACCAGGAGUUAUAGCAGCGCGGUGAGUCCAACUUCUAAUUGAAUCUCCUUCUAAUUGAGUCUUCUAUUAGCCCUAGUUUUUCUGCACAAUUAGGGGGUAUUUAUCAAAGCUUGGCAAAAGAUAAAACUGUAAGAGAUAAAGUACCAACCAAUGAGCUCCUGUCAUCUUUCAGACAGCCUGUAACAUGUAAAUUAGGAGGUGAUUGGUUAGUACUUUCUCUCAGAAUUGUAUCUUUUCUCCAAGCUUUGAUAAAUCCCUUAGUCCCUACUAAGGAGAAUCUGAUUUGCAUAGAUUUAUCUAGCGGUCUGUACUGCUGUCUGCCCACUGCUUCAUUUCAGUAACCUAUUCAGGGUUUAUGUGCAUUCGCCAGGUCUUGAUAUCAUGAUCUCUUUCAAUGUAUGAUUUCAAAGAGAAGACAGACCUUUAUUGCAGAGGUACAGAAGGGACAAGAACUGCAUUUUGAACUGGGCACAUCCUUUUAACAUAUUGGCGGUCAUUGAAGUUAUUCCCCAUAGUAACACUAUAUAACAAUUUUCAAAUAGAAAUAUGAAUGCAUCCUCCAUUAUGCAACCAAAAGCUUUCUAUUAAAAUGUAUACCUGCAUCAAUCAUUUCUCUUAAUUGUGAGAAUGGCUUUCAAAGCCUUUACUUAUUUAUUUGAACAUUUCACAGCACCAGCUGCUGUCUAAAUUUGAUGUGCACCUGUCUAAUUUACUGGCAUAACAGAAUUAUCCAGGUGUCCUGGUACAGCAAUCAGGCUACCUAGAUAAUUCUGUUACAACAAUCAAUCAAUGUUAGGUUAUGGUUUUAAUGUAACCCUCUGCCAUAACAUUUUAAAAUGUGAAAUUAAUUUAUAAGCAAUGUAAAUUUUGCACUAGAUUUGUGGCCAUAAGGUUUUAUGACCUAAAACAAGUAAUGUAAACUGUUAAUGUUUUCUAAGAGAGAAAAAAAAUCACGCUUGUAAUUCAUUCAUCCAUUCCUAACUUGUCAAAAUCAAUGGGGGUUAUCUUGCUAGUCACGCAGUUCUAUGUGGGCGAUUACACAUCUGUGCCAAUCAUUCCCAUUAUUUAGGAGACUGCGCAUUUUAUGAAAAUUUAUCAGUUUAACUUGGAAAUAAUCUUUAAGAAUUCCACGCAGACCAUGAUGUCACUAAGGCAGUGGAUUUGUCCUUUUGUUGGUUUUGUACAAUCUGCUAGAUUCUGCAUUGUAUGGACCUAUAAAGCACUCCUGUAAUAUGAAUAAGGCUCUCCAGUUAUUUGCAGUCAAAUUGUUGAUUUUUUUUUGCAGAUCAUUCACAGCGUGCUUGACUCAUCUCUGGUUAUUUAUAUAUGUUCAUGUUCAAAGGAGAUUGCAUAUUGAUAAGCAAGCAGACUCCAUUGUUAGAAGGCCUAUUGAUAAUGACCGUUUAGUGAGGUGGUGGGAUGUUUGAUGUUUUUGUUUAUUUUUUCAUUUUCUGAGUAUUAUACACAUCUAUCCAUUGGGUACUCUGUAAUGUUAAUAGGAGGAAUUCACCCAAAACUACAAAUUUUGGUUUUGAGUGAUUAUUAUGCAAAACAAAAGGAGGAUUUCUCACUUACCUGGCCUUCCCAGCAGGUCCACUGGUGCAAUUCUAUCUCUGAGCAGGGUUAUUUUAUAGAUUUAGUUUUAAUAAUAUGCGUGGCAUUGUCAAGGCCCUUAUCACAUGCACUGUAAAAUCAAAUCCCAGUGAAUGAUAAAGAUCAUGUGGAGGGGACUUGAUAACAUCUCAAGCAGGAGAAAAAGCCUCCCACAUAAGCAGAAGGAUAUCCUAAUUAGACUGCUGUGCGACCCACUGGUGAGUGCAAGUAAGUGAGAUUUUCUUCUUUUAUUUAUCUCGCGUUAACUUUCUUCACUGUACCAUACAGGUACUGAUGUAAUCACCUUGUACAGUUUUAAAAAUCUAUAUAUUCACUGAGAUAACUAGGAAAUCUCUGGGAAUGACUGUAAUUAUACUAUAGGCCUAUAAUGUGUUUCACAUUUGAUGUUAUUCCACUUUGGGAAUUUUAGUUCCUGUACAUAGAAUGUAUUGUAUAAAAAAUGUCUUUGACUGUUUGCUUUUUGACUUUAGUAUGCAUCUGAGAUGCUUUAUAAUAAAAAGGACAAAUGUAA